CCGCUCGGGCGCGUUCGGCUCGGUUCGGCUAUUUCCGCCUCUUUGUUGUACUAACUCCCGACCGGAAUAAUUUUUUUCCCCUUCUAACCUUCUCCUGGUUCUCGUUUUCGUUUGGUUUUUUUUUUUUUAAAUCCCCCCCACCCCCGGUCUCUUCGAGAGUCUUAAAGGGGAGCGGGCUCCCUCCCUCGUCAUCCACCCGCGUGGCCGGCGCCGUCCUCGUUGCUGCUGCUGCUGCCGCCGCUGCUGCUUCUUCCUCCUCCUCCUCCUCUUCCUCCUCCUCCCCCAGCCAGAGUCUAGAGAAUUCUGUAUUACAGGGCAUGUAAUACAUCUGAUAGAGAACUACAUACAAUGUGAAAAACCUUCAGUAUAAUAGUAUUAUAACGCAUGGGUUAACUUCAUCAGAUACGUGAAGGUCUCUGGAUGGCAGACACUGAAAAGAAAUGCUGUUUUAAGAGACACCAAAGAUGCUGACAAGAAAAAUUAAACUUUGGGACAUCAAUGCCCAUAUAACCUGCCGCCUUUGCAAUGGUUAUCUUAUCGAUGCUACCACUGUAACGGAAUGCUUGCAUACCUUUUGCAGGAGUUGCUUGGUAAAGUAUUUGGAGGAAAAUAAUACCUGCCCCACAUGCAGGAUAGUAAUACACCAGAGUCACCCUCUCCAGUAUAUUGGUCAUGACAGAACAAUGCAAGAUAUUGUUUACAAGCUUGUUCCAGGUCUUCAAGAAGCGGAAAUGAAAAAGCAGAGGGAAUUCUACCACAAAUUGGGCAUGGAAGUACCAGGUGACAUCAAAGGGGAGACGUGCUCAGCCAAGCAGCAUUUAGAUACUCACCGUAAUGGGGAAACUAAAGCAGAUGAGAACACAAACAAAGAAACAUCAGAAGAGAAACAGGAAGAAGAUAAUGAUUAUCACAGAAGUGAUGAACAGGUAAGCAUCUGCUUGGAAUGCAACAGUAGCAAAUUGCGUGGAUUGAAGAGAAAAUGGAUUCGUUGUUCAGCACAAGCUACAGUCUUGCAUCUAAAGAAGUUCAUUGCCAAAAAACUUAAUCUUUCUUCAUUUAAUGAGCUGGAUAUAUUAUGCAAUGAAGAAAUUCUGGGCAAGGACCAUACUCUCAAAUUUGUAGUUGUCACAAGAUGGAGAUUUAAGAAAGCACCUCUACUGCUACAUUACAGACCGAAAAUGGACUUGCUGUAAGAACUGUUUUGUCUUGUGGACGGUUUUUUUGCAGAGACUAUCAUCAGGCACCUUCUUAGUGCAUCGUUACUCAAUUCACUCGUGACAUAGACCAGCAAAAUCCAUUCCUGAAAAACAGUAGUACUUUCCCACCCCAUCAUUCUGAAUAUUUCUCUGAGAGAUGCAUUAAACUCAACGUUCAGGACAGUAAAAAUAUUUAUACUAUUUUCUACAAAAAAAAAAAAAAGGAAAGUGCAGUUUGAACGGACACUACCAGCAUGAUGUUUACAGACAUUGAAAGCACUUCACAGUU